UUGUAGAUCAAGCUGCAAUUGAAUGAUAGUUUCAACGAUGUUUGACGAAGAAAGAUGGUUCUACGAUGAGGCUUUGGAGUUAUCUGAUGAGGAAAUUCCUGAUUCUAUGCAUAUUAAAGAGAAUACGACUCACCAGUGGCUGCGGUGUUCGAUAGGAGUGCUUGAUUCUUUGCAUGUUACUAUAGUUAAACUGUUGCUCUUUUCUGCUUUGAAGCGAUUUAUCGUAUUUUUACAUGCAAAAGGAAUAGUAAGUGAAUUCGCGCUACAUUUAACCUUCGUAGUUUCUGGACUGUUUAUAAUAGGAACCCAAAAUAAUUUCUUUUCAUCGAUCUGUGCUUAUGUCGCGCUGAUUGUUGUGUUACCGUAUUAUAAGUUUCUCUUCAACAAGCAGACUAAGUUUAUAAUGUUGGCGUAUUCGGUCGGUAUGCUUCUAGUUUGGCAAUAUUUCUUCACGGCCAAAGAAUUUAUGUCAAUGCGUGGUAUACUGAUGAUUUUGGUAAUGAAAAUUACUUCAUUGUCGUUUGAUCUUGCCAAUGAAUUUCGUAGCAGCAUCACGUUGUUACACUUACUCUCUUAUAUGUUUGAUAGUUCAACUGUAUUAUUUGGUCCAUGGAUUACUUACAAACAGUAUCAAGAUUCGUUGUACCUAAAGGAAUUCAAAGUAGAAAUUAUUAAUUUUUUCCGUGCUCUCAGCUACAUUGCCCUGUCAUUGUUGGCUGUUAUUUAUUCAUCAUGCAUUGCUGAUAAUUUUGUCGAAUUGCCUUUCAUUGGGGCGUACUUUGUUGCGCAGUCAUUUCGAUUUAGUCAUUAUUUUAUAAGCUGGUUCUCUGCGGGCACUUCGCUACUGUCCGGUAUUGAUUCGGGUGUUGUCACUGAUUGGAUUCAUAUCGAACUGCCUCGUUCGUUAGUGGAUGUUGUUGUUUCAUGGAAUAUACCCAUGCACCGAUUUUUGCAUCAAUAUAUCUUUGGGGAGAUUAAAAAGUAUGGCUCUGCAACUGCAGUUUUCAUUACCUACGCCGUUAGUUCCCUUUUUCAUGGCAUCAAUUUCCAGUUAUCUGCCGUGCUACUCUCAUUAGGACUGUACACAUAUGCUGAGACAGAAAUAAGGAGUAAAUUGAGUCGUCGCAUAGAUUCAUGCAUUCGUGCUAGGAAAUGUCGCAAAGAAUGUCAUCAUACAUGGAAGGAGAGUGCUUUAAGUACGCUAGCUAUUAACAUGGUGUUUCGAGCUCUAGCUCUAACACAUUUGGUGUAUCUGGGGAUGGCAUUUGAUGACAGCACAGCAGAAACCGGAUAUUCCUGGAGACAUACACUUUCUAUAUGGGCUGAUUCAUACUACUUUAGUCACGUCAUCGGACUAUUUACUUUAUUAUUGUCAUUGGCGUUCUAAAGACACCAAAGUAAAGUAAAAAAUACCAAAUGUCAAACAGUUGCUAUUUCAUCGCUGUUUGGAUCUAAACCUUCCUCCUUCGAUUUAUCAUUUGUUUUCUUCAAGUUGAAUCUUAAUACACUGUAGCUUCGUAAAACCACAGUGUUCUAAUAAAAUAUGCAGCUUAAUGAAGAGAUCUCUGAUAUUAAGCUGUUUCGAGCAUAAACAUAAUUAUGUAUUUGAAUCACUUCUGAGUAUAGUGCAUACUAUAGUGCAUUCUCCUAUAUUCAUGUGAUUAGGACAACGUUGUUAUAUUUUUUGUUCGGAUAAUGGUCGGAUCUUGCUGUCGACUUGUUUCUCAUUUCAUUUUUCCCUAUUUUUUUUAAUUGUACCUGUUUUGGAUGCCAGUAAACAAGAC